GGGCUCUCUCUCCUCAGCAGUCCGGCGCCCGGAGCCGGCGGGAAAGGGCGGCCUGCGCCGACGCUCACGAUGAUGAUGAUGAGCCGGCUGCGGAGGUGGCUUUACAGGCCGAAGAGGACAGACCCACAGCUUCUUGCUCAAUUCUACUAUGCAGACGAAGAACUCAAUCAAAUUGCCGCUGAACUGGACAGCCUGGAUGGAAGGAAGGAUCCACAAAAAUGCACUCUGUUGGUCAACCAGUUUCGCUCAUGUCAGGAUAAUGUUUUAAACAUUAUAAACCAAAUAAUGGAUGAAUGUAUUCCACACGAGCGAGCCAACCGUGAUUUUUAUGUUAAAUUUCCAGAGGAAAUAAGACACGACAACCUUGCAGGACAACUUUGGUUUGGAGCAGAGUGCUUGGCUGCAGGUUCGAUUAUUAUGAACCGUGAAAUAGAAAGCAUGGCAAUGAGACCGCUGGCCAAGAAUCUGACUCACAGCCUGGAAGAAGUCAGGAACAUAAUCCGUGACCAGGCCCUUCGGGAUCUGAACCUCUACACAGGAAAGAUGAAAGAAGCACUCAAACAGUUCGAUGUCCUCUUUGCAGAAUUUGAGCUGAGUUACGUGUCCGCCAUGGUUCCUGUAAAGUCACCAAAGGAGUACUAUGUGCAGCAAGAAGUAAUCGUCCUUUUUUGUGAAACAGUAGAGAGAGCUUUGAAACUGGGAUACCUUACACAGGACAUGAUUGACGACUAUGAACCGGCAUUGAUGUUUACUAUUCCAAGAUUAGCCAUUGUUUGUGGGCUUGUUGUUUACUCAGAAGGACCUUUGAAUCUUGAUCGUAAACAAGAAGAGAUGUCUGAGCUUUUCAGACCUUUCCAUACCUUACUACGGAAGAUAAGGGAUCUACUACAAACUCUCACAGAUGAGGAGCUGUAUACUCUGGAGUGUAACCUUUGUAUAUCCCAGGAUUUUGACUUCCCUGAGAGAACAGAUACUCAAGUGCCACCUGUCAUCAUACCAAACUUUAUGGCAGCUUUGCCAUCGGAAGAGCUUUCAGAAAAACCUCCAAAUAGUGACGUGGAGCUUGCCUGUUCCAUACAGUACGAUGAGCAAGAGCUGGAGCAGCUGAGUAGGAUGGUUCACAGAGCAGGGGAUGAGAUGUCCUCCUUGCUCUCGCCGCCAAGGGACUGCCGACCUAGUGUGAGGAACGCAUGCGGCUGCAGAAGGGGCUCUCCAGAGAUGGUUCUCCUGAGCAGCUUGCGUAACGAAGAGGAGAGCGUGUUUCUCAUCGACGACCUAGAUGGGCAAGUGGAAGCGCUCUCUGGGACAGGUUCAUUGAGCGACGUGUUCUGUGAUUCCUGUCCUGCUUUGAAGCAUAGAGCCUCGCGCGGCGACCCUGCGUUGUACGAGUAUGGUCACCAACCUGAGCGAGUCGUAUUCUUCAAGGGGAGAGGGGAGAGCGAUCUCGACAAUAACAACAUCAAAGAAGGCAAGCCGCUGGCUGAUACUUCACUUCAAAACUCCUGCAGUUGUUUUGACGGUCCCGAUCCUCACUUGUACCUCAAUGGCUGGGAUGCGUAUACUCAUGACGCAGAAACGGCGGAACUUAUCGCUCACCGGACUGGAGGAAUGAAGAUAUCUGCUACUGUUAUAUUUAAUCCAAAAUCUCCCCCUUCGGAAUCCUCCGAAUCAUCUAAAGUAGUUAAGACUUGCUCUUUUGGGGACUCGCAUUUGGCUGAUGAAGAGGGAGAGUCGCAGCAGCCCAGCGUGGCCGCCACAAAUUGCCUUGUCAGUUCCUGUGUGUGUUGUGGGAGUUGCGAUGGUGGCAGGGAAGACAGCAGAGCUUUAAAGACUAAUAGUUUCCCAGGGAAAAUUAUAAAUUCCUCUUCCAGUUUACUGACAUUAAAAGAAAAAAAUCAGCUGGAUAAAUCAGACAGCACAGUCUCUGUACAAGAAGUAUCAAAAACUGAACCCUGCAUUUUGCUAGCAGAUAGGAAGUCUCCUAGAGAGGAGCGAGCUCUUUCCACCCCCUCUAAGGGCUCAGCAUACUCCUCAGCUUCCCAUCUGAGAGCAGAGAAUGGGCCCAAAGGACACAAAGAAACCCUCGGUCAGCAACCUAAAUGUGAGGAAGGAAGACAGGCAUGUAAACAGUCGUCGGAGGUUAGCAAAGAGAAGAAUGAAAGAAUAUUAAAGGAUGGAGAAUCCAGAACAAAUUCAAACUAUUUAAUGGCACGUUCCCGUUCGUCCGAUGAAACCAGUCCGGAAGAAACCCAACUUGCCUUACAAGCAGCUGAAAUUUCUACGAGAGAAAAGAUCCGAUCUCGAUUUCAGAGCAGUAACGACCUCAUUCAUAGGCUCUUUGUCUGCAUCUCAGGUGUAGCUGACCAGCUCCAGACCAACUAUGCCUGUGAUCUGCGAAGUAUUUUGAAAACCUUGUUUGAAGUUAUGGCGACUAAAGCCGAUGCCGAGGAUCAGAAGGCACAAAAGAAAGUCAAUCCUUGUUUAAGGAGUGCAGCACUAGAAGAUUGUGCUUUGUGUCAGGAGACUUUGUCAUCUUCAGAAUUUGCAGCAAAACCUAGGGGCGGGGACUUUGAAGAUCCUCCUGACUGGGUGCCGGACGAAGCCUGCAGCUGCUGUACCGCGUGCAAGGCACCCUUCACUGUCAUUCGCAGAAAGCACCAUUGCAGGAGCUGCGGAAAGAUCUUUUGCUCUCGCUGUUCUUCUCAUUCUGCUCCGUUACCUCACUAUGGCCAGAUGAAGCCUGUUCGGGUUUGCACCCAUUGCUACGUGUUCCACGUGACUCCUUUUUACAGAGACAAAUGGGACGUCUGAUGAAAACUUAAGAGCCACAAACUGUUAUUGCACUGUCACUUGCUUAGGGGCUGCCUUCGACCCAGGCCGAGAAUGAACUUGAAAGGAAGACCACGUUUGGAAGGGCAAGUGGAUGAAAGCAAGUUGACCUUUUGUUUUAGCUCUUUAGUUUAUUCGUUUAUUUAUCGCUGCGUUUUAUUAAACUGGUGAAAUGGAAUG